CCGAAAAUCUUGUCAUCGAUACUCGUGUACGAAUGAAAAUGUUUUAACAUAGAAGGAAUCAUAUUUAUGUGAAUUCAAUAGAUGCCGGCUGAUGUAACUGCAGUUCAAACGCGUGUUGCCAUUACGUUUAAUUUACCAGUUAUUCUGUCUGAUGGUUUCAUCUGGAAUCAUCUGAAAUUUAUAUUGUGUGUUUAUCAUUCGUAGCCAAAUACAAUGUUAUCACGGUUGAAAUGUUUGAGAUUGGCUCCGCAUAGGACGAAUGUGUUGCGUGCUCAGCGGGCGAGAACAAAUUGCAAAUCUGUGUCCACCUUUGAUGACAUGUUGAGCGGUGCAAAGCCAAAGGAAGCGAAUGUAGCUCAGCUUGAAGUCCCACAUAUAAUACAGCAGCAAGAAUACAGAUAUAAUGAAGGCAAACUCUAUCAUGGAUUCCAAUGUGAACGCGUCGAACGAAUACCUGACUUUGAUCUUACGUCCUAUACACUGCGACAUGAAGGAACUGGCACGGAACUAUGGCAUAUCGACCGAAAUGACACAAACAAUGUAUUCUCGAUCAAUUUUCGGACCACACCUUUUGAUUCCACUGGUCUUCCACAUAUUCUGGAACAUCUAGCGCUAUGUGGGUCAAAAAACUAUCCCGUCCGUGACCCAUUCUUUAAGAUGCUUAAUCGCUCUGUAGCAACGUUCAUGAAUGCCAUGACAGGUCCAGAUUACACACUCUAUCCUUUUUCAACCAUGAAUGAAGUGGACUUUAGGAAUUUACAACGUAUUUACUUGGAUGCUGUUUUUAACCCUAACCUUGCGCAUUUGGAUUUUCUUCAAGAGGGCUGGCGUUUAGAAAACAAGGACUUACAUAAUCGGGAGUCCGAACUUGUUAUCAAGGGUGUGGUUUAUAAUGAAAUGAAAGGCGCGUUUUCUGAGAAUUCUCAAGUUUUUGGACAGAAUCUCCUCAAUAAUAUUUUACCCGACCACACAUAUGGACAUGUUUCCGGAGGAAAUCCAUUGGAGAUACCCAAAUUAACGCACACGGAUUUGAUUGAAUUCCAUCGCAAAUACUAUCAUCCAAGUAACGCCCGUAUCUACUCUUAUGGUUCUUUUGAUUUGACUAAGACGCUUGAGCUUAUUGAUAAAGAAUAUUUAUCUCUGCGCACCAGGAUAGACAACUCUUAUAGCCGUAUCCCUCUACAACCGCGAUGGUCACAGCCACGCCACGUACACAUUUCGAGUAGACUGGACAAUAUGGGCGCUGCGUUCGAUCGACAGAACCAAAUUGCCAUUGCUUUGCUUAUGUGCGACAUGACCAACAUACAAGAAACGUUUGAACUAAACGUCCUAUCCGAAAUAUUGAUCCGUGGACCUAACUCUGCGUUUUACAAGAGCCUAAUAGAACCAAACUUUUCCGGGGGCUACAACCAGAGUACUGGGUAUUCUGCAGACACCAAGGAUACGGCAUUUGUUGUCGGGUUGCAAGACCUGCGAGUUGAAGACUUUAAAAAAUUCAACGACCUCUUUAGCCAAACUUUAUGCAAAGCCAUGGAGGAAGGAUUUGAGUCCCAGCAUGUAGAAAGCAUUCUCCACAAUCUUGAAUUGUCAUUAAAACAUCAAAGUCCACAUUUUGGCAAUGCUUUGUUAUUUAACUCAACAGCACUGUGGAACCAUGAUGGCGAUGUAGUUAGCAACCUUCGGGUCUCAGAUAUGAUAGCAAGGCUGCGAACAUGCUUAAGGCAGAAUAAGAACUACUUCCAGGAAAAAAUGAACACAUAUUUUGUAAAUAAUUCGCACAAACUUACUCUUACGAUGUCGCCUGACGAGUUGUACGAGGAAAACUUUAAGCAGGCUGAAUUGGAAAUGCUAAAGCAGAAAACUAAUGCGCUCGAUAAUGAAAAGUUGGAAAAAAUAUAUCAGAAUGGAUUGAAAUUGGAUGCUUCUCAAAAGGCCGCACCGAAUACUAACCUUUUGCCGUGUCUAACGCUAAGCGAUGUGAAGAAACCACCAAAUUGGCCAAAGUUGAGAAUCCAAACUAUACAAGAAGUUCAAACUCAGAUUUGCGAGGUUCCAACCAACGAGAUUACCUAUUUGAAAUGCCUAUUUAAUAUAACUGGUUUGAGUGAAGAUGAAGUUAAGCUCGUGCCAUUGUUUUGCAAUAUUAUCAAUGACAUGGGAACCAGCAUGCAUGAUUUUCGUGAAUUUGACAAACUCGUACUCUCUAAGACUGCUGGAAUUGACUUUAAGCUAAAUUUCGUCGAAAAUGUUGAAGAUGCCAAAAGUUACCGGCUGAGCUUGAUGAUGACAACACAUGCACUAGAUAAAAAUGUGCCAGAUAUGUUUUCAUUGUGUCAAGAUUUGCUGCGAAACUUCAAGCUUGACGACACUGACCGUCUGAAAAUGCUUAUUGAAAACUACAUAUCCAGUAUAUCAAUAGGUAUCGCCAGUUCUGGUCACUUGUAUGCAAUGUUAGGAGCAGCCGCGUUAGUUAGUAAUGCAAGUAAACUGAAGUCUCUGUUAUCAGGAGUCGAUCACAUAGAUUUCAUGAAGAAUUUUGUGCAGAAAAACAACACUACGGACAUUCGAGACCAGUUGAAGUCGAUUGGUACAAAGGUUUUUAGUAAGAGCAAUUUGCGUGUGGCCAUCAACAGCUCAGAAUCAUACCUACCAACGGCCGUAGACCAUUUGAAGAACUUUUUGGAGACAUUGCCCACUCUAGAAAAAACUAUUGAAAGCAGCGAGAUUACCCUCUUGCAUCCAAGCUGUCAACAAUACCUCAUGAACAUACCAGUCAACUACUGUGCAAAAGCAUUCUUUGCAGUCCCCUAUUUGCAUAAAGAUCAUCCCACAUUGCGCGUUCUUGCCAAGCUUGUGUCGGCUAAGUAUCUUCUGCCUGUGGUUCGCGAACAGAAUGGGGCCUACGGAGCAGGCGCUAAAAUAAGUUCGGAUGGGAUUUUCAGCUUCUACAGCUAUCGUGACCCCCAUUCCACUAAAACGCUAGAAGCGUUUGAAAAAACAUAUGAGUGGUUGCAAUCGGAGAGUAAGCAGAUUGAUCAGCAGGCUCUUUUUGAGGCGAAACUCGGAGUUCUACAGCAGCUGGACUCGCCAAUUGCACCUGGAAAUAUUGGGAUUGAUUACUUCUUGUAUGAAGUAUCGCAAGAUAUGUUUGUGAAAUAUCGUUCUCGAAUGCUAUCUAUAACUGUUGAUGAACUCCACGACGUGAUUGAACGUUACUUUAAGGAAAACUCAAAGAAUUAUGGAAAAUGCAUUUUGGGACCAGCCAAUGAAAAUUUAGAACUGGAAACUGGUCAGAAAUGGAAUAUAAUAUCCUAGAUAUUCGUAUUAAAAAUUUCGACAGUUCUCAAAGGUAUCCCGUAGGAAGAGUUCUCAUUCGUACUUUUUCAACCAUCAAUCAUUGUUGUUAGUUCAGUAUCACUUCAUUUUUGUUAAAUAUGUAUAUGUAUACGUACUAUGUAAAAAUAUUAGUAGCUAAAUAAAGUGGAAAAAUAAUAUUAAAUU